UAAUCAAACGUAAAUACCUAAAAACAUAACUUAGAAAAAGUGCAUGAAAUUAUUUAAAAGCAACUUUAUUUAAGGAAAACUCUAAAAUUUAAGUUCUAAUAUUGUUUUGCGCAGUAUGGGUUGCCUAUAUGUUUUGUCGGCACUUUGUGCAGCAUGUGAUAAUUAAAAGCAGGGUGAGAAAAGAACUUAUAUAUUUAUCAUACUAAACUAAAACUAUGAGUAAAUACGAAUUAAUAGUACUCUUUGAUGGUUACUCUACAACCGUAGAGGAGGGUAUGAAGGCUAAUUGUACCUGUACAUUAUUAAAAAGCGAAAAAAACAAGAUAAUUAUUGAUACAAGAACACCAUGGGAUGGUGACAGCCUUAUCACAGCUCUUCAGCAACAAAAUAUCAAACCUGAAGACAUAAAUUAUGUUAUCUGUACUCAUAGCCAUUCGGACCACAUUGGUUGCAACUAUCUCUUCCAAAACGCUUUACACAUAGUUGGAAAAACAUGCAUUUCCAGGAAUGAUUUGUAUUAUGACUAUGAUUUCAAAGAUAACCAUGUAAUUGAUGAGUAUGUGAAAUUAAUAACAACACCUGGACAUACCUCUGAGUGUAUAACAGUCCUGGUACAGACACAAGAAGGAUUAAUUGCUAUUGUAGGUGAUUUAUUUGAAAAGAAACAAGAUAUGGAUGAUGAGGAGCUGUGGAAGUGUUGCAGUGACUUUCCUGAAAUUCAGGAGGAAAGUAGAAGAAAAAUUCUUGAAAUAGCUGAUUUUAUUGUACCUGGACAUGGUCCCAUGUUUAAAAACCCAAAUAAAACUUAAAUCAAGUUGUA